AUGGCCGCCAAACAAGUUGAACAAAUCCCCUCGCCUGCCCAGGGAGUAGGUCCGUUUUAUAGACCAGACAGGGAAAAGCCCACAGCGACUGUUUCGAAGGAGGUGCGCUUUGACAAUGUCCACGUUCUACCGCAGACGCCGCAAUUGAUCGCGCUCCUCACGAUGAUCCGAGACCAACAGACCGCCCGAGCCGACUUCAUUUUCUAUUCCAAUCGCAUUAUCCGCCUCCUCGUCGAAGAAGGCCUGAACCACCUUCCGGUGGUGGAGCAGUCAGUCACCACCCCCGUUGGUCGGUCAUAUCUGGGCGUCAAGUUUGAGGGGAAAAUAUGCGGUGUGUCGAUCAUGAGAGCAGGCGAAGCUAUGGAACAAGGGCUCCGAGACUGCUGUCGGUCUGUCCGCAUCGGCAAAAUUCUGAUCCAGCGAGACGAAGAGACUUGCCAGCCAAAGCUCUUCUACGACAAGCUUCCUGCUGAUAUCUCACAGCGAUGGGUUCUUCUUCUGGACCCCAUGUUUGCCACAGGUGGUUCGGCGACCAUGGCCGUUGAAGUUUUGAAAUCAAGAGGGGUUCCGGAAGAACGCAUUCUAUUUCUCAACCUGAUUGCAAGCCCUUCGGGGGUUGAGGACUUUGCUGAGAGGUUCCCAAAACUGCGAGUUGUGACUGCGUUUAUCGACCAGGGACUGGAUGAGAAGAAGUACAUUAUUCCCGGACUUGGAGAUUUCGGCGACAGAUAUUAUACCCUCUAG